AUGAAUGUGCUAUUCAAGCAAUUGACUCGUGCGCGUCAAGAGUCAUUCGCACUAGUGACAACGACAAAACAAAAGCAAACUAAGAGCAUCAGAGCGGAAGUGGACAUUGACACUGAUACCCAGCUAUGCAGCGCAGCGAUGAGUGGACUUCGCUUGAAUAUUCAUCCCGAGACGCGGCCACGAUCCAAUGGACGUGCUUGA